UAAGAAAUAUCUGAUUGCAUUCAUUUAACUCAAGAAUGAGUGAUAUAUAACCGUUGAACAUUACCAUGACUAUUAGUUACUCACAGCUAGAAGAAACCAAGCGGAUUUUCGCUGACUUACUUUCUUCAAAUAUCCUUCCUACUGAGUUUGUAGCAUUAGCCCCACAAAUCAAAUUCUAUAAUGAGUCCACUCAGCUUACAGUCCCAUGCCCUUUAAAGCAAACUGAGUUAAUUUCCGCAUUAAAAGGCCUUGAAGCAUUAAUUGCCUUAAAGAUGAGUCAAGUUAGAUUUGAAUCCACUGGAUCAGCCAGCAUAGAUCUUCAACAUGCUUUGUUAUUCCUUUUCCUGACAUACUGUUCGUCUGUCAAUGGAUUCUUUAAAGGUGAUAAAAAAGAAGUCCUUAAAUAUCUUAAACAUACUGACUUGAAUCAAGCACAAUCCGAUCCUUACCGUAGAAUGUCAGCUAACUUGUACCGUACCAAGGAUAAUCGUUAUUAUCAUAUUCAUGGAUCUCUAGAUGCAACAACAACAUUGAAGAUGAUAGGAUUACCGCCAUUCCAACAUGGAUUAACUGAUUAUCAAAAGAUAGUAGAUAUAUAUCAAAGCAAACUUGAUGAAUUCAAUUGUGAUCAAUUAGAAGAAUUAAAUGUUAAGAACCGACAAGCCGGAGUUGAAGCCCUCAAACGUGAAGAUUUCUUGAAGACUCCCCAUGGUGAAACUAUCAGCUCCAAGCCAAUUUUUGAAAUACAUGAAUUAGAAACAGAGACUCCUCCAGUUCCAUUUACAUUAGUUAAAGACGAAAAGCCCCAAAUUCUUUCAGGAAUCAAAGUUCUUGAAUUAUGUAGAAUAAUUGCUGGCCCAACUAUAGGAAAAAUUCUUGCUGAAUAUGGUGCAACUGUAAUUAAAGUUACUUCUGAUGAAACUUUACCAGACGUGCCCUUUUUCCAGGUUGAUGGUAACAUGGGAAAACAUACUACGAACCUUAAUCUCAAGGAGAAUGAAGAUCGUGUUAAAUUUGAAGAAUUACUAGAGGAAGCAGAUAUUGUGAUUGAUGGAUACAGAACUGGAGUAAUCGAAAAAUUAGGGUUUGGACGUUCAAAAGUUACUGAAUUAGCCAAAAGGCGUGGGAAGGGUUAUAUCUAUGCAUCUGAGAACUGUUUCGGAUUUAGUGGGGAAUGGCUGGGACGUCCAGGCUGGCAACAAAUCGCCGAUUGUGUAAGUGGGGUUGCUUGGAUUCAAGGUCAGGCACUCGGAAAGAAUGAACCUAUGAUUCCACCCUUUCCUAUGAGUGAUUAUGGUACAGGUUGUAUUGUAGCCAUUUCUAUUUUGCUUGCAGUCUAUAAGAGAAAUGCAGUGGGAGGAAGUUACUGGUGUAACUCAAGUUUAGUACAAUAUGACUUGUUAUUAAUGAAGCAAGACAUAUACCCCAAUGAAAUUUGGGAAUCUAAUGUCAUUAAAAAUCCAGUAUUUGCUCCAUUUAAGCAAUUGAGAUAUUAUGAUUCAGUAGAUCAAAUUUCUGGUGGAGCUCUUGCUAUUUUCAAACAAUUGAAUCCAGAAGCUUUACAAAACGAAGAUUAUUUCACUUCAUUAUUCUCUGAUGGGUUCAAUGGUAUGAUCAAAGUUCUAAAACCAGUCGUCGAAUAUUCUGAUAUAGAGGUGGGGUAUAAAUGUUCUAGUAGGCCAAACGGAUUCGAUGCCCCAGAAUGGUGGUGAACGAACUCAAAAG